AUGAUGACAUUUGACAAUUAUAAUACUACGAAAAAUAACAGUAGUUCUAACAAUAAUACUACUGAUCAUGAUAAUAAUGGUCAUAACUCCCAUUUUUAUCGUCAAUGUUCUCAAGAAGGUGGUAAUAAUAAUAAUCAACAAUCUCAAAGACUACCACCACCUCCAUCAUCACAGCAAGAUGUGCAACUGCAAUUACAAUUACAAUUACAACAACAACAACAACCUCUUCUGCAAUAUCCAUUUAUGCAGAAUUUAAAUACAAGAUUAUCACCUACACUUCCAUUUCAACAACAAUCUAUUAGCCAUUUAAAUGGUGGUGGUAGUAGUGGUACUGGUGCAACAUCUGGUUUAGCAACUGCAAAUACUAUUAACUCUUCACCAAUAUGGAAUUCUCCAUUUAGUCUGCAACAACAACAACAACAACAACAACAACAAUUUUCUCAGAUUCUGCCACAACAAUAUCAAUUUAGUAAUAGAAGAAAUUCUCUGAUUGAUUCUAGUAAUAUUUGGUCAACUAAUAAUCCUUCUUCAAUUGGUGGUAGUGGUGGUAACACUUCAAUAGGGAAUAACAAUAUGUGGUCAUCAUCAAAUUUAUUUCCAACCCAACAGCAACAACAACAACAACAAGCAGUUUCUCAACAACAACAAUCUGGUUUAUUUGGUGUACCACCAUUAUCAGCACCAGAUAAUUAUAUAAGCACAUCAUCAUCAUCAUUUGGUCAUAAUAGAUCAUCCCUGAUUUCUUCUGUAUUUACUUCAUCUCCACCACCACCGCCACCACUACCACCACAACAACAACAACAACAGCCAAUAUUACAAUCAACAUCAGAUAUUUCCCCUACACAAAUAUUUGAUUCCUAUGCCAAACGAGAUUCAUUUUCUGACACAACAAGUACUACUUCUAGCAGUAAUAAUAACAACAAUAGUAGUACUAUGACGAUGAUUUCUGAUAAAACAACAUUACAAAUGGUUGAUGAUUAUUUUGAAAAUGAUUGUCAUGAACGAGUUAAAGUAACAAUGAAAUUAUUAAAUGAACGAUUUUUCAAUGAAGAAAAAUUUUUAAGUGAUGCUUAUCAAUUGCCAAAAUUUCCUAUUGAAAAUUCAUUAAGAAAUUAUCAAUUAAUUUUAGUUGGAUUUAAAGCAGGAAGAAUUGAUGUUUUUUAUUUACCAACAAAUUGCAGUAAUAAUACUCCAGGAAAUAAUGUUGGUACUACUACUACUACUACUACUAAUAGUAAUAGUAAUGAUUUAAUGAAUUUAAAAGUUGGAGAUUUGGUUAUUGUUGAAGCUGAUCGUGGUCGAGAUUUAGGUAAAGUUUUUAAAAUGAAUAUAUCUAUUGAUGAAGCAAGAUUAUUAAAAUUGUUACAAUUUCAAGAACAACAAGCUGCAUUGAAAGAACAUGUUGAUAAUAUAUUGGAUGAUAUUUCCGUUAAAAAUUUAUCUGAUCAACAACAACAACAACAACAAAGUCAUAGUCAUAGUCAUCAUACUCAACCAGGUACACAACAGACGACGUCAUUUUCUUCUAGUAGUAGUAGUGGAGGAGGAGGAGGAGGUGGUGGUACUAGUACUGGUUCGGUCCCACCUCCACCACAACCACCACCAACAUUACAUUUUCCUAAAUCAAUCAUAUCAUUAGCUCAACCCAAUGAAAUUAUUCAAAUUUUGAAUAAAAAACAAGAUGAAGAAAAAGCUUGUCGAUUAUGUCUUGCUAAAAUUGCUAAUGCUACUAGUGGAUCAUUAUUAGGUGGUGGACCAACAUCAUCAGCAACUCAAGAUUUAUUACAAAUGAAAUUAAUUGAUGCUGAAUAUCAAUUUGAUCGGAAAAAAUUGAUUUUUUAUUAUUCAACUUCAAGAAGAAUAGAUUUUCGAGAUUUAGUAAGAGAAUUAUUUAGAAUUUAUAAAACAAGAAUUUGGAUGUGUGCAGUUAUUGGAUUACCUUAUCAAAUUACCACCACCACCACCACCACCGCAAACACAAACACAACAACAAAAACAAACACAAACACAACAACUUCAUUAUCAUUAUCAUCACCAUCAUCAAGAAGAAAUUCAAAUAGUCCACCAUUAUUAGCUCCAUUACAACAACAACAAGGGAGUAUAACAUCUCGAUCAGGAAAUUUUAUUAAUCCAUUCAUGCAACAGCAGCAGCAGCCACUGCAACAAUAUACGAGCAAUAGAAUUGACAGAAGAUUAAGUUUUCAAAUACCAUCAUCAACAUCAUCAUCAUCAACAACAACAACAACAACAACAACAGGCAAUUUUCAACCACAAAACCAACUACAAAAUAGAUCUAAUAGUUGUAAUUAUUAUCCUCCAUCAUUAAUUUCAUUUCAUAAUACUCAACAGCAACCACAACUACAACAACCACAGCAACAGCAAUUCCCGCAACAACAACAACAAGAAUUUAUUCCUAGAAGAUAUUCAGAUUCAAGAAGUGGAUCUAUUCAACAACAACAACAACAACAACAACAACAACAACAAUCAUUUGGUGGAAUUGGUGGAAUUGGUGGUAGUGGCACUUUUGGUAGUGGAAAUUUGAAAUUUCAAUUUCCUGAACAACAACCACCACCACCACAAACAACUCCUCCUCAACAGAAUUUAAUAUCUUCAUUAUAUGUUCAAGAAGAAUCAUCAAUGAUGUCAUUAACACCACCACCACCACCACAACAACAACAACAACAACAAAGAAAUAAUGAUAAUGGUAUUACUCCAACAAGAAAAAAUGAGCAUGACGAGAAUGAUGAUGAUGAUGAUGAUGAUAAUGAUGAUGAUAAUGAUGAAGUGGAAGAAUUGGAAGAAGAUAUGUUUAAUAAUAAUCAUUCAGGAGAAUCAUUUGUUUUAAAAUCAUUAGUUGAUUCAAUUAAUCAUUGA